AUGGCUGACACAAACACCGAGCACCAGUGGAAUGCUGUCAAGGUGCGCAGCACUUUUAUUGACUAUUUCGUCAAGAAGAGAGGCCACACGUUUGUGCCUUCCUCUUCCGUCGUGCCCCACUCGGACCCGACUCUUCUCUUCGCCAAUGCUGGAAUGAACCAGUACAAGUCUAUCUUCCUUGGAACUGUUGAUCCCUCAUCUGAUUUCGCCUCGCUCAAGCGUGCCACAAAUUCUCAAAAGUGUAUUCGCGCCGGUGGAAAGCACAAUGACCUGGACGAUGUCGGCAAGGACUCUUACCAUCACACAUUCUUCGAGAUGUUGGGUAACUGGAGUUUCGGCGACUACUUCAAGAAGGAGGCUAUUGCCUGGUCAUGGGAACUCCUGACCAAGGAGUACGGCCUCAACCCCGACAGAAUGUACGUCACCUACUUCGAGGGUGACAAGGCAAGUGGCCUCGAGCCCGAUCUUGAAGCCAAGGAGCUCUGGCUGUCCGUCGGUGUCCCCGAGGACCACAUUCUUUCUGGAAACAUGAAGGACAACUUCUGGGAGAUGGGUGACCAGGGCCCGUGCGGUCCUUGCAGUGAGAUUCACUACGACAGAAUUGGCGGUCGUAACGCUGCCCACCUCGUCAACAUGGACGACCCCAACGUCCUGGAGAUCUGGAACAACGUCUUCAUUCAGUACAACCGCGAGUCUGACAAGUCUCUACGCCCCCUCCCUGCAAAAUCCAUCGACACAGGCAUGGGCUUUGAAAGAUUGGUGUCGAUUCUUGCCGACGUUCCUAGCAACUAUGAUACCGAUGUGUUCAGCCCUCUGUUUGACCGCAUUCAGGAGAUUACUGGUGUCCGCAAGUACGAGGGCAAGUUCGGCAGCGAGGAUGCUGAUGGUAUCGACACUGCCUACCGUGUCGUUGCUGACCACGUGAGGCUACUCACUUUUGCCAUCUCUGACGGUGGAAUCCCCAACAAUAUGGGCCGCGGUUACGUUGUCCGCCGAGUCUUGCGUAGAGGUGCCCGCUACGCUCGCAAGUACCUGAACACCGAGAUUGGUAGCUUCUUCUCAAAGAUUGUUCCCACUCUCGUUGCCCAGAUGGGCGACAUGUUCCCCGAGAUCAAGAAGAAGGAGCAGGAUGUCAAGGAGAUCCUCGACGAGGAGGAGCUUUCAUUCGCCAAGACCCUUGACCGUGGUGAGGCCAUGUUCGAGAAGUAUGCUCAGCAGUGCAAGGAAAACAACACAAAGUCCCUUUCCGGUUCUGAUGUCUGGCGUCUUUACGAUACCUACGGUUUCCCUGUCGAUCUUACUCAGCUCAUGGCUGAAGAGCGUGGCCUUACCAUCAACGAGGAAGAGGUCAACGAAGCUCAGGCCAGGGCUAAGGAGGCCAGUAAGGGUGAGAAGAAGGCUGGCGCCGAUCUGGUGAAGCUUGAUGUCCACGACCUUGGUAAGUUGGACGGCAUGACCGAAGUUACCAAGACCGACGACGAACCCAAGUUCGGUCGCGGUAACAUCACCUCUGAAGUCAAGGCCAUCUACUACAACAGGCAAUUCCUCUCGAGCACCUCCGAGAUUCCUGAGGGCGAGCAGUUCGGUGUCAUCCUCGACAAGACCAACUUUUACGCCGAGCAGGGUGGUCAGGAGAACGACACUGGCAAGAUUCUGAUUGAUGGCGAGGCCGAGUUGGACGUCCAGAACGUUCAGAGCUACGGUGGUUACAUCCUCCACACUGGUUACAUGACUUACGGCACUUUCAAGACUGGCGACUCCGUCAUUUGCGAGUACGAUGAGCUCCGCAGACACCCCAUCCGCAACAACCACACUGGUACUCACAUCCUCAACUUCGCUCUUCGCGCAGUCCUCGGUGACGAUAUUAACCAGAAGGGUUCGCUUGUCGCUCCCGAGAAGCUUCGUUUCGAUUUCAGCCACAAGGCUGCUGUUUCGGACAAGGAGCUGCAGGAGGUCGAGAACAAGAGCACAUCUUACAUCCGCCAGAACAGCCCUGUCUACUCAUUGGAGGUACCACUCGCUACCGCCAGAAACAUCAAGGGUGUCCGCGCUGUUUUCGGUGAGACCUACCCUGACCCCGUCCGCGUCGUCAGUGUUGGUGUGCCCGUUGAGCAGCUUCUCGAGGACGUCCACAACCCCGAGUGGGAGAACGUCAGUGUCGAGUUCUGUGGUGGUACCCACGUUGACAAGACUGGUGAGAUCAAGGAAUUGAUCAUCCUCGAGGAGGGCGGUAUUGCCAAGGGUAUUCGCCGUAUCAUUGCCGUCACUGGUCAGGCUGCCCACGAGGUCCAGAGAGUAGCCCAAGAGUUCUCAGACGAGCUCGCUCUCUUGGAGAAGAUGUCUUACAGCCCUCAGAAGGAGCAGAAGGCCAAGCAGUUGCAGGUCCAGCUCAACCAGUUGACCAUCUCUGCCGUUACCAAGACUCAACUGAAGGAGCGCUUCGCCAAGGUUGCAAAGGCCAACCUUGACCAGCAAAAGGCAUUCCUCAAGGCCGAGAACAAGGCCGUCACCGACACAAUCGCCAAGCACUUCACCGAGAACCCCGAGUCGAAGCGCCUGGUCGUCCGUGUCCCCAUCUCCGCCAACUCAAAGGCCAUCAGCGAGGCCAUCAAGACCAUCAGCUCAAAGCAAAAGGACAAGACCAUCUACCUCAUCGCCGCCGAUGAGUCCGAGGGCAAGGUCGUCCACGGCUGCCACGUCUCCGCCGAGGCCAAGGAGAAGGGUGCCGAUGCUCCCGCUUGGGCCAACGAGAUCGCUGGUGUUCUCGGUGGAAAGGCUGGUGGCAAGGGCGCCACUUCCCUUGGACAGGGUACUCAGCCUGAGAAUGUUGAUCAGGCUGUCGAGCUCGCCACCAAGUACCUUGAGAAGCUUGGUCUGUAAGGAGAGGAAGAUGCUGAACAGUGUACUGGCUUCAGACUCGCAUCCG